AUGAGACCGCAACAAAUCAAGUGUCCAGUAUGCAGCGAUCCACUGACUCGUCAAGAAUGGGUCCGAUUUGUCGAUGAUCCACGUAUCAUCAACAAGUUUGAUCAAAUGAAUCGUCCAUUCCGGGUCAGAGAAGUCCCAUGUGUUGGAGUUGGUUGUAACAAGAACGUCUGCCUUGUUACGCCUCCUGCUAUGGCUACGCUUGAUCGUGAAUUGAAGGCAAACGAAAUCACAUCCCUAUACAAGAGCAUACUCGCAGACGAUUCAACCGGGAAUCUAUCCGUUACUGCCCAAUCGCUAUACACUCGCUUCGAAGUUGACUUGCAGAACGUGGUCGCUGGAGGCAGUCUGAACAUCCAGGAUCUGUAUACUCGAAUUUGCAAGGAUUUGGAUGUUAUUGGACAAAAUAGACGUAAAAAGAUACUAGCUACUCAACUGACAAGGAACCUCAUCACUCUCGAAACCAGCGCUGAAGCUUGGAGAUCUCUGAACAUACUUCAGUUGUCCAGGUUUCCCUUUGUCAAAUGCUCAAACUGCUCAUACGAAACAUGUACAGCCUGCGGAGACGGAUCUCAUCAUGACCAAUCAUGCUCAGAACUCCUCCAGUCUCGCCUCAUCACAGAAACAAAUCCCGACGCACUAGCAACUCUCAAAUGGAAGAUUGAAAACAGCAAGAACUGUCCUCGAUGUGCGAUUGCUAUUACGAGAGAGGAAGGGUGCUUUAGGGUUGAUUGUAUAUACUGUGGCUUCAAAUGGUGCUGGCAUUGCUCUCGAGAAUUCGAUGAAAAGCAUGGCUUUUACGCAUGUCAGAACAGUGCUUCAGGGUCAAUCAACUCGAAUUCCAAGAACGAUGUGCCUGAAUUGGGCGUGCCGAAUGUGCUUGCAAUACAGAUGAAGAUGAGUAGUCAAAUUGCUAAGUUUGGAAUGUAG